GUUCGGAAUAAGAUCAUUGGGUUCGAACUUCAUUCCAUGAGUCCCCCUGAUGUACUUCUGAAUGACUUUGAUAUUGAUUACUGCACGUCACAACUAAUUAGUACCUGCGCGUUACAACUAAAUUGGUACCUCUUCGUCCCAUAUCUCGCAUGGCUGACGACACCACACUCAUCAUCCACCUCAUCCAUAGAACGAGUCAAGAACUACGUCCCGUACGCACGCUCCACCUUCCCCGGC